UUCGCAGCUGGACCGAGUGGCAGCGCCGUCACGAGAGCGUAACGCUACUGCUGAACCGCACCUGUCCAGGUGAACUGACCCCCCCCCCUCCCAAACCCCACGCACGCACGCAUACACACACACACACACACACACACACACACACACACACACACACACACACACACACACACACACAGAACGCACCCUUGCAUUACCGCGGGACUUUCGACCACCUGUGGACCAUGGAAGAGGACGCGUCCCGCGCCGAGCUCAGCAGCGUCUCCGGCAGCGCGCACACCAGCCCGCAGCCCGACGGCGAGGGGCUGCUCACCCCGAGCUUCAGCCCGUCCUCCGUCCCCUCCUCCCCGAACCCGAGCGGCACCCUCUCCCGGUUCGGCUUGAAAAGCCCGACCAGCCCGACCGCGACGGCGGCGCCGGGGAGCCCGGUGGACCGCGGCCAGGUGAGCGCCAUCACCGUGGUGGCGCUGCUGGACAAGCUGGUCAACAUGCUGGAGGCGGUGCAGGACAACCAGCAGCGGAUGGAGCAGCGGCAGGCCGACCUGGAGGGCGCCGUGCGGGGCGUGCAGGGCGACGUGACCCGCCUGUCCAAGACCCACAUCAGCACCUCCAACAGCGUGAGCAAGCUGCUCGAGCGCUCCCGCAAAGUCAGCGGCAACCUGAAGGACGUGAGGGAGCGCCUGGACAAGCAGGCGGUCCACGUCAAGAAGCUGGAGGCGAACCACAGCCACCUGCUGAAGAGGAACCACUUCAAAGUGAUCAUUUCCCAGGAUGACAAUGAGAUCCCCUCCAGUGUGUUCGUCCGGGACUCCGACAAGACCCCCCAGCCGAGCCAGUACGAUGCAGAUUCCAUCCUGCCUUCCCAGUCCGUGACGGGCUCCAUCGCCGGCAGCCGCGCCCACGACGAGGGCCUUCAGACCAUUAGCCUGUCCUCCGACGACGACGAUGUCCUCGCAGUGCACCACGAGGAGUACGAGAUGUGCGAGAGCAACGACGCCAUGGGCCCGGGCGCUUCCCACUCGUUUGAGAGAAGGGCCGACAAGUUCAAGCGCAACAGCCUGAAGAAGGUCGACAGCCUCAAGAAGGCCUUCUCGCGUCAGAGCAUCGGGAAGAAGGUGAACCAGAUCACCACCAAGAUCGUGCCGCCGGAAAAGCGGGACAAAAUCAGGAAGAGCUUCACCCCGAACCUGCCCAAGAGCCCCACUGCCAAGUCCUCCUCUUUCAAGGUAUCUCCCAUGACCUUUAACGUCAAGAAGGUCAGAGACGGCGAGGCCCCCACACAAGACCAGGGCUUACAUUGGGAAGACGCCCAUGUGGAGAUUCCUGCUCUUGAAAACUUCGAUGGAGAGAUUCCCCUGGCAGAGGCUCACACCCAGGACGGAGUUGUGGAGGCGGUCCAGGAGAUGGUGAGCCCCUCCACCCCAGACAGCAUGAAGGCCGAGCUGGAUAUCAACGGAGGGGCAGCCGAGGUUGAGUGCGAGAUGAAUGGCGAGCGCUCUGCCGGCCUGGCAGUGCCAGAGCUCGAUGAAGAUGUUGGCGAUGAGGAGCAAGACGAAGUGGAAGAAAAGGAGAAUCACAAGAGCCCUGUCGUUGAGACCGCAGCAGACCCCAAGAUUCCCACUGCAGCUAUUACUGUAGAGCAAGUGUCUUAAUACCAUUUUACUUUUAGUGAGCAGCAAAUUCUAGUUUCCCAUUCAUUCUAUUCUUGCUCUAGUUUCUUAUAAAUUAUCCCUCCAAUGUAAACAGCCUUUAAAGCCCAAAAUACACUAUAAAUACACUGUAAGCUUCUGAAAGUAGUCCAUCUUGGGACCAUUUCUACCAGCUCUACCUUUUAUUAUUACCCGUUCAGUCCUUGGCCGUUAACACACACACCGUAGAAGACGGCUUGUUUCCCAAAUAGACCUUGCAGUGAAUCCGAAUCCAGCGCAGGUGCUUCCUAAACCCACCUGUCGCUCCAAUGUACCACAACUCCCAUCGACUGGUGCCGUGUCCUGGAUGGCGACCCAUCUCCAGGGCGCUGGGCCAAGUAUUCCCCCCUCCCCACCCCCCCAUUGCUGUGUUUUUCUGCCUCUGGAGCUUUCUGCCACACUGACAAAUAACCCAUUUGUUCUUUAUGUCUUUUUUUUUUUCUUCCCCCUUUUUGUGUGAAAUGAAAUAGUAAAUCUUGGGCAAUCGUGUCCCCACCCACUGGCUGUUGAGGCCGUGUGUUGCCAGGUUGGGCUCUAGUUGGAAUGGGGAGGUUCUGGGUUUUCAAUGAAAAGGCCCUGGGGUGUUGUGUCACGAACCAGAGGUUGUUUAUUGAAUUCUUUUGGACCUACGGGGGGGGGGGAUAUAAGCCCAGAUCUUAACUAAUAGGUGUCUAUAUUUCCGUCGUCCCAGUGGCGAUGGCUUGACUCCUAACCUGCGUUCGACAUUUUGUCCUUUGAGUCCAUAGUGACAUGUCUGAAAUACGACAUGGGUGGCAUGUGAUGAAUCAAAAUGUUGCAGUUCACUUGUGGUUGUCCCUUCAGAAAUCCCCAGGUGCAGACAAUUUAAAUAGAUGGCAUUCGAAAGAGUCUAAAUGUUCUUGUCAAAUCACACACAAAAGAAAAGAAAAUGCCUGUUAAUGUGUUUUUACUUAGUUACACUGAUGCAAAUGAUGACAAAUUAGGGAACAAGAAGCCUGCUGGUUUAAUACAGACAUAUUAAAUGUCCCCUUUUCAGCCCUUUGUCCUCACUAUGGACCAAAUUUAUGUGUUUUAUGUACAGGAAUUAUUUUUUCUCCAGGUAUUAACACUUCAAACCCAUUGAAAUAGUAACUUGUGUGUGUACUUUAUACAGUGAAUGUUGUAUCUGUGAAUUUCUUUUGAGUUGCAUUAUGAAACUUGGGUGUUAUAAGUCGUCUGUUUUUUUCUUUCAGGCAUCCAUGACUUACAUGGUGAAAUGUUUACUCAGUUAUAUAUGUUUAAGACUUAAAGCAGGGCCCCACCACUAAGUGCUCUUCCCCUCGAUAAAUGCACACACACACACACACACACACACACACACCUAGCGUGCCUUUUGCCUUGCACAAGCUGGUAUGAGUAGCUUCAGUCUUGAAGGUGUGGAUUGAUUUUGUAGAUAAGAGGGAUUACUGAAUGUGUUUCCUCUUUAGAGCUAACACUUUAUGGGGCAUAAUUGUGGGUUGAUUAAAAAAAACGCUUAACUUAAAAUGAGGUGCAAAUUCACUCAGUCGACCCCAUGUUUGAACCUCAUAGCGUCCAAUGCCAGGACUGCCUAAAAAUACUUCAGCAAGUAGGACCAGGUGCCACGGAUGCAGACACCAAGAGAGGUCAGACAAGUGGACCAAGGUAGGAGACAGCAUUCCUAGCUUUGACGUAUGACUCCUGUUUGGCCCACUUUCCAGGCGCUCAUCCUCCCCUUUGAGACUAUGCCAAGAGAGGGAGACGCUCUGGAGCCACAGGUGAUAACCCCCCCCCCCCCCCCCCCCUCCAAACCCCCCCCUCGACGAGGGCUCCUGUGCACGAGCGUGCAGCGGAAAGAGGUCAAGAGUGGGUGUGGAACAGAAAUACGGUUGUUGGAAAGGAUGAGAAAGUAACCGCUGGUGACCGCGUGGAAUGUAAACGCAGGUUAUCGCUCGAACUAACUAUGCAAAAGGAAAUUUAAAAUAAAAAAAAUGAAAUAACAGUUUACUGGGGUCUGAUGAAUGAAGGGGCGAAGAGUAGUGCACUUGAAAAUACUUUACACUGUUGCUUGUCCUAAAGCUUUUCACUGUGUGCUUCAUUCAUUAUGUAAAACCUGCCAGUUUGCUCAAAUGGGAUCUGUAAGGAGAAAAUAAAUAAACAGACAAAAAUG